AAGCCACAUCAAUCUCUCUCUCUCUCUCUCUCUCUCUCUCUCUCUCUCCUCCCACUUUCCAUCCCUUUAUCAUCCCAUCCUCUCUGGACUCUGGCUCUUCUGAACACUCUCUGAUCUUAUAGUGGACCGGCACACAUCCAAUAUCAAAGCAGAAUGCCACUUGGAGGAGGAAACAAAUGCGGAUGCUGUAAGAAGACGGUGUAUUUUGCAGAAGAGGUCCAGUGUGAGGGACAAAGCUUCCACAAGUUUUGUUUCCUGUGCAUGGUGUGCAAAAAGAAUUUGGACAGCACGACCGUAGCCGUACAUCAGGAUGAGAUCUACUGCAAGUCCUGCUAUGGCAAGAAAUAUGGGCCGAAAGGAUAUGGAUUCGGUGGAGGAGCAGGAACCCUGAGCAUGGACACGGGUGAGGCCCUGGGCAUCAAACCGGCAGGACAAACACCCCAUCAUCCGACCAACAACCCCAAUCCAUCAAAGCUUGCUCAGAAGCUCGGGGGCACGGACGUUUGUCCUCGCUGCGGGAAAGCCGUGUACGCCGCAGAGAAGGUGAUUGGAGGAGGAAACUCAUGGCAUAAGAGUUGCUUCAGAUGUGCAAAGUGUGGAAAGAGUCUGGAGUCGACCACGCUAGCAGAUAAAGAUGGAGAGAUCUUCUGUAAAGCGUGCUAUGCCAAGAACUUUGGACCAAAAGGCUUCGGGUUUGGACAGGGAGCCGGUGCUCUCGCACAUGCCCAGUAAAGCUACAGUAAAAAUGACAGCUGAGGGGAUGAGGAAAACCUGCAAACCUCCCAAUGUUUGAUUGUAUUAUUUGCAUAAGUACUUAUUUACAUUUAUUGUUUUAGCUCAAUACUAAGAACCAGUUAUAUUCAUUUCAAAAUAUAUUCAUGCAUGAUAAUAAUAAACUGGGCUUUUUUCACUUUA